UCAAAAUGUAUUGUCACCCAUCAAAAAUGUUAUUUAAGUUGGUUGUUAUAGUCGUUUUUCUACGACAGUAUCAAACUGAUGAUGAAGAAAGUAACAAAAAUACCAAUUAUUCAAGAAGUACUUCUACUGAAACCACUACGCAGAACGACAUUGAACAAUUAAGAGAAAAUAUAAGAGAUAUUGCUUAUUAUCUACGUUCUCACAAAUUCAACGAAUAUGACAGAAGAUACGAAACUGAUUCAACGAAUGCUCAAAGGAUUUAUCACAGAAGUUUUCCAAAACCUCCUCUCCGUUCACUUCAUUGGGAAGUACAUAUGUAUUGCGAACCUUCAUUCAGAGAAUGUGUUGACUAUUUGGCCAAAAAAAUACGUUAUACUUCCCUUAGACGUGCAGACGAUACUUCAGUUAUGAUGAUAGAACAACGCUGGAGCUGGAAGAAAAAUCAGAAGCAGAUAGAAAUAGUAGAUGCCGAGUGUUUGAAAAAUAGGGAAAUAGAUGAAACUAUGGCAGAUCCAUUUGAAGGCCCACUGGAAAGAUUCCAAUGGAGGGUAACUGCUAGCUAUUAUAUGUGUUGGUAUACUUUUUUGAAAACUCCCGAGCUAAAAAAAUUUUUUGAAAAAUGCGACAAUUUCGCGUACUGUUUGAAUUACGAUUACGGGCCAAGAAAUGACGAUGAGAGAGUCGAAGAUUGGAGACCUUUCAGUUGUGCUCUAUACAGCUUUUGCCCUGAUCCCUGUUGCCCAUUUAAACACCUUGAGAGGUUAAAUGAUUGUUGGGACUCUCCUGAAAAUCCUUGUUUUCGUCUUAAUAAACCCAGAAAAAGAGUAUGUGAAAUGAAUAUGACCGAAAAUAUAAACUUCAACGAUAUUAUCCUGAACAGAUGGAACGUGAGCUGUAAAUGUCCUCAAGAAGGUUACGAAUGGAAUUCUCGCUACGGAAUUUGUAUAGACGUGGAUGAAUGCGCAUCGAAAACUCAUAACUGUCAUCGGGAUUCGGAGAGUUGCCUCAAUUUACCAGGAAGUUUCAGAUGUAUCUGCAGAUGGGGAUACCUUAAAGAUAAAAAAACCAAUCAAUGCUUACCUAGCCAAGCUUUGGCUGCAAUCAAAUUGGAGAAGAAAAAAUCGGUUCAACAUAAGAAGAAACUUACCCUCUGGCAGAAAAUCAAGUUGUUAUUGAGAAGAAACUCGGGAUUCUCUAUUUACAAACAAAUGAGAAGCAUAUGGUUUAUUUUGUUUCUACAACUCGUGUUGAAUAUACUAGCUAUAAAAUAAAUAAACA